CCAUGUAACUCCACCAGCUUUCUUGGCCAGAAUGCAGAAAAUGCCUUUUCUUGCAAUUCUGCUGUUUUCCUACUCUCAAAUGUCUCAGCAGAUACAGAAAACUACUCCAAAUGCAAAAGAGAUGGUGUCCAAUCCCAAGCUUGUAUUGGUUCAGGGGACUUUGAAUGUGGUGAUGAAGCAGAAUGUUACCCUCUCCUGCCUCUCUGAGCCUGGAUCUCCACCUGUUAGAUAUGCACUGUUCAAGCACAACCAGCAGGUAUCUGCUUUAAACAGGUCAGACUUGAGCCCUGCACUGUUCACCCUGACCAUCAGCUCUGCCAGUGAUGUUGGGGAAUACAAGUGCAAAGCUGAGUAUAACAACUCCAGUGGUGGAAAAUACAGCAACAGCCUCAACUUCACCCUCUUAGAGCCAAUUUCCAAACCAGUGCUGAGCUCACCAACCUCUCGGGCAAAGAAAGGCCAGAAUGUGACCCUGUCCUGUUUCUCAGAGAACGGAACCCUUCCCAUCACGUAUUUAUUCUUCAAAGGAACACAAAACAUUUCUCCCCAAAAGACAAUGCAGAAGAGGGAAGCAGCUGUGAUUUUUCUAUUUAUCAAUUCCCUUAGUGACUUUGGAACCUACAAAUGCAAAGCAAAUAACAGUUUUCCCAAUAAUACAAAAUACAGCAACAGUUUCAACUUUACAUUAGCAGAAGAGAGAAGCCAUUCUCAGCCCCUGAUAAUUUCUCUUGGGCUGAUCCUGCUACUACUUAUAAUAGGACUUGCUCUGGCAAUUCCAUUUUUCAUAAUUCCUUUGUAUAAAGCAAAAAAAUUUAAGUCUACCAGGCCCUCAAUUGACCUUACUUCAACCGUGAAUGCAGAGGAGUCAUAUACUGAAAAUGAAGUCAUAUACUCAGAGAUUGGUAAGUUCCUGUCAGCCCCUGCAGUCAGGAAUGUUUCUUCAGGUACUGGAAGGGGACACCUACUGACCCUCUUGGCAGAAGCAUUAUUUGAAAUCCCUCAGAAUCCAUGGCUGCCAUCAUCUGACAGCCAUGCAGCUAAAAUUGCAGCUGGUUAA